GUUCUAUGGUAUAUGAUUUCCCUUCAAUGAACCGCACAUAGUAUAAUGUCCGAGAAUGUCCAUUUCUGGACCUCUAAGCAACUACUAUGUCGAUUCCAUCAUAAGUCAUGAGGGGGAAGAUUCGAGUGCUGCCCGAUUCUCCAACGUACAGUAUUCCAACACUAGGCAAACGGGAACCGGGGAACAUCAUGAAUUCCCUUCGUGUAGCUUUCAGCCCAAGCCUCCUGUUUUCAGUUCAUCAUGGAGUCCUUUCAGUCCCCACACUCCCAACAGCUUACCGGCGGUCUACCAUCCCUAUAUCCCAGCGCAGCCCGUGCCAUCGACGGACACCCGGUACCUUCGCACAUGGCUCGAUUGUGCACCGAGAACCGAUCCACUGGACGGCCAGAGCCAAGUCAAGAUGGAGCCACCCUUGGGACACCUCGAGGAGCCCCCGAAGAUUGGAAUACAGCACGACUAUGUUUUGGAAUCCUCCUCAGCUCGGGAGAUAAAUCCCGGCCACGGCUCUGGAUUUGAAGACAGCAAGGAUAUUUGUGACGGUAGUGAAGACAAAGAGGGACCGGAUCAAAACGAUCCAUCAGCCAACUGGUUACAUGCUCGUUCGUCUCGGAAAAAGCGUUGUCCAUACACUAAGUAUCAAACCCUAGAGCUCGAGAAGGAAUUCCUCUUCAACAUGUAUCUUACCCGGGACCGGCGGCAUGAGGUUGCGCGCUUGCUGAACUUGACGGAGCGGCAAGUUAAAAUUUGGUUCCAAAACCGAAGGAUGAAAAUGAAGAAAAUGAAUAAGGACCAGCCCAAGGAAUGAAUGGAUAAGUGCGGAUGCUCAAACCUUACCCCUUUUAUCACAAUUAUACUGACCUCUGGACAGUAAUGCAGGAUGUUUGCAGUCUAUGCUACACAUUUUUAAAAAAAUAUUCUGGGAUGCAGAUCAACACAAAAACCUGAGUAUGCUUUUUAGAAAGCUACUUGACGAAGGGCAAGAACACCAGUAACCAACAAUAAAACUACAUAAAAAGAAAAUCAUGUAGUAGACAUGAGUAGGCUAUAUACUU